CUGGUUUGUGUGUGUGUUUGUGGUGUUGUUGUGGUACUGUGGUAGUCAUCGACCAGUCCGAGUCCAGUCACUCGCAGCAGUCGACGCAGUACAGUACAGUGUUCACUUGACUCUUGAGCAGACUUCAAAAGCGAAAAUGACAUCUCUUUAUCUAGUACCGGUAGUCGCGCUGUGCUUGUUCUGUGCCAACUUCUGUCAAAGUCAGGAAGACGUUGACACUCUUCUCGAGGAUGUAUUUGGAAAGCCAUCGACAGAUCAACAACAACCACAAGAAGAGGGCCAAACAAACAUGGCCAGCUGCACGUGUAUGCCAUUCUACAACUGUAAAAAGAACAACACCCAAGACGUAUCAGGCAAUGCCGUAGAGAACGAGUACGGAGAGAAUAUAAUCGACAUCAGGAUAGAUCCCGAUGAUCCAGAGGCAGAGUGUAAGCACUACUUAGACAGGUGCUGCUCUCCCAUGGACAAUAUUCCUACUAAGGAGCCCCCUGUUACUCCACCUGUCACUCCACUGACACCUACCGCAAACGUGUGUGGUGUCAGACACCAGAACGGUGUUGGUUUCAAGAUCACCGGCGACACCAACAACGAGGCCAACUAUGGCGAGUUCCCCUGGAUGGUGGCGAUUAUCAGACGGGACCGUGUCAUUGCUGAUAUCACGCUCAAGGUCAUGGAGUGUGGAGGCUCCAUCAUCCAUCCGAGGGUCAUCCUCACCGGAGCUCACUGUGUCAAAGGAAAAAAAGACCUGUACAUCCGAGCAGGAGAGUGGGACACACAGACAGAGAAGGAGGAGUACCCAACGCAGGAUCGUGAUGUGAAGCAAGUGAUCAUACAUGAGCAGUACUAUGCAGGAGGGCUACACAAUGAUGUGGCACUCAUCGUACUGGACAAGCCACUGGAGCUGAACCCUGUAGUGAGCACACUAUGUCUGCCGGAGCAGGGGGAGAACAUGGAUAACAGGAACUGUGUCGUCCCCGGCUGGGGCAAGGAUUCCUUCGGUAAGGAGGGCAAGUAUCAGGUCAUCCUGAAGAGAGUGGAUGAUCUGAGAGUGGUGGAGCGAGGAGCUUGUCAGGAGGCUCUACGCAAGACACGGUUGGGACCACGCUUCAAGCUACACGACAGCUUCAUCUGCGCUGGUGGCCAGGUUGGGAAGGAUGCAUGCAAGGGUGACGGCGGUGGUCCUCUGGCAUGCCCCAGCAGUCAAGACCCCAAUGUAUAUGUCCAGGCAGGCAUUGUAGCGUGGGGUAUUGGCUGUGGGACUUCUACUCCUGCUGUUUACACAAAUAUCCCGUACUUGAGGAAAUGGAUCGAUGAAAAAAUGGCUUCUCUGCUACUCACGUGAUUCCUUUAGUUUGCUUCGACUUCUAGGAUAGACUUUGUAGUGAACAAACCUAGCCACUAAUGUUAACUUUAAAUUUUAAUAACCUUAAAGGUGCAAUUACUUUAAAUUUUUUAAUUUAAUUUAUUUUAUAGACAAAAAAUGACCAAAACUACAUAGAAAUUUGUAUAUAAGUGUUUACAAAUGGCCGAGCU